AUGGCUCAACCUCUCUCUGAAGAUGACACCAACGGCCAGUCGGGCCUUUUUCUUCAUUUUUGCGAGUAUGCAAAGUUAUGCUCCAUGGUCGUCAAACAGCUCUACGGAAUUACAAAGUCCAGAGCACGACGCAACGAGAUCCAGGACAUGUUUCACUCGCUGGACACGCUCCUACAAUCAUGGAAGGAUCAAAGUGGGCCGAUCCCGACGGACGCCGAUUUUUCUGUGCCUGACAGAACGACACUACAGAGUUCCCAGUCCGAAAAUAACGUUGAAUUAGGCAAGCCAUGCGUGCAGUCGGCACGCGAAGUCCUCUCUCAAGCCCACUUGUUGGAGCCCAGCGCGACGUACUCAGACUGGCUGAUUGUGCAAGUACCGAUUAUGGCCUGCUGUGUGCUCCUCAUCGACAUCUUUAGCAAGGACCGGUCGGAGGAUUUCAGGAGCAACAUGGCCUUUCUUGGAAUGGCGAGCGGGUGGCUCGGCCGCCUUGCCACCGCGAACAGAGAUAGUGCCCAUGGCAUCGCCUUCAACAAGAUCAUGGAGCUGAUUGCACUGGCGCAGCAGCAGUGCAAAGUAUGA